AUGGCACAAGCAGUAACAACGAGUAAUGAACUUGCUAUGCCAUCAUUUUGUUUCCAUAAAACAUUUGGUCAAAAUAUGCGCUUAGAAAAUAAUGGGACAAAAGCUGUUAGAUAUACAUCUUUUGAUCACGGUAUUACAUUCACAGAUAAAUCAAUAAAUAUUAAUGAACGUAUUCAUUUAAAAAUAGUUGAAGUUGAUGAAACUCGUCAAUGGUGUGGCUCAUUAGCUAUAGGAUUUACACAAGUCGAUCCAGGUACAAUUCGGCAAGAAGAUUUACCUAAAUCAGCUUUACCAAAUCUUAGUCCAACGAACAAAUUUUCCUAUGUGAAACGUCUUUAUGAAACAUUAACAAAACAACUUUGUAUUAUUUUUUAUUAUAAUCCAGAUGGAGCCUAUUUUAUUCUCGAUGGAAAAGAACAAGAGAUAUGCAAAAGUAUUGAUAUUAAAAAGCCUCUAUGGGCAGUUAUUGAUGUAUAUGGUAAUGUCAAAGCUGUUACUUUUACAACACCGCUAAAAACAACCGAUGAUGGCAAGUCAUUAUUUGCUAAAUAUCCUGAAAAACCAGAUAAAUUGCCAAUUCUUUAUUUUACACAAUUAAGAACUGAAAAUUUUCAGCCAGUUACAUUUAGCAAUGUUCACGGUCCAGAACUGGAAUUAUAUUGUGAAUAUAAAGUUGCAUUACGCAAGCGUACUCAAAAACUAGUUCGACCAUAUUUAUUCAUUAAUUUUCCUUUAGCACCUGGUGAUGAACUUUAUAUACGUAUUUUAUCUAUUGAUCCAAAUUAUCGAACACCAGGAAUAUUUGGUUUUACUAAUGUUCGUCCAUCUAAAUUUGCGGAUAAACUAGAAGCGUUACCAGCAGUCGACCCAGCAGCAUUAGUUGAUCGUAAAGAAUAUUGGCUUCUACGCGAAGAACCAUUCGACGACACUCUAAGUGAAUUAGAUGAAUAUCGAAUAUUAUUUGAUAAAACAAGCGGUGAAAUGUUAUUGUGUCGUAAUAAUGAUACAGUAUCUCAACCACGUAUAUUAACAUUUGCUGAUCUAAAUGAAACAUUUUAUCCAUUUCUAUUUUUAAAUGGUCGUAUAACAGCAUUAUCUGUAUUUGCUUUAAUUGCACCAAAUGUUCGUUUAACUGAAGCAAAUCUUCCUCUAGAUUCAAAUAAUCGAACCGAUGAUUGUAUCGAUGAAGAUGAUUCUGACCGUUGCACAAUUUGUUAUGAUGCUAAAGCAACUUGUGUACUUAUACCAUGUGGUCAUAUGAUUUUUUGUACGAAAUGCAAGGUUGAUUAUGAGCUUAGAUCUACAAAAAUUUGCCCGAAAUGUCGAGCAGUUUAUGAACAAGCAAUUGAAGUUGAAGCCGAUUAG